ACGUUCUGGGACUUUUUGGUAGUCACAAAGAAAAAGUCUCCUCUCUGGCGCGUUCUCUCUCUCUCUCAGUCACUUUUCUCGCAAUUUCUCUUUCCCUAUUCGCGGUGCGCACUUUGCUGCUAGGCGCGGUGGCGCUUUCCUCGCUGCUCUGCCGGAGCUCAUUAUUUGCUCGCUUUAUGGAGGCAGCUGGAAUGUUUACUAUGUUACCUACGAGUUGGAUGUGUGCUUGUUUGUCUUUAUGCAUUGGUUUUUAGUGAUGAUGUUUUGCUUUAAGAUGUGAAAAAAAGGAGAAAACUUGCUGAAGAUCGAAAGAGGAAAAAAAGUUGAGAAAAUGAAAUAGAGGAAGGAUUACCUAGUUAACAAUGGGAACUUCUGUAAGGAAGCUCAUAGCAUUAGCACCUCAAUCGAAGCACCUUCGGCAAAAAACAACACCUGCUGCAAGCCUGCUGCAGGUUCCUGUGCUUGGUACUAGCUUCCCCACCCCGUUACCCACGCUUUCUCUUACCUCGUCAACCACGCAAUCCCAGCUCUUAGCCUUUCUCAAAACCCACCUCAAAUCUCCAAUCACCCCACAAAUUCUCCUCCACUUCCUCAAGAACAAGCUGCAUUACCACCCAAAAUUCACCCACCUUGACUUCCAUAUUUUUCAAUGGGCCAGUACCAUUGAUUCGUAUCGCCAUGAUCACCAUACUUAUGAAUGGAUUGUCAGAACCCUUGCUAUUUCUGAUCGCUUUGAUGCCCUCAGAGUUGUUGUUCUUGAUAUUAUGCCCUCUAAGCCAUGCCCAUGCUCUGAUGGGAUCUUUUGUUGCCCAAGAAUUGAACCAAUAUUUAGAUUCGCCAUCAAUUCUUAUUGCAGAGCUGGAAGAUUAGAUGAUGCCUCAAUUAUAUUUAGUACUAUGCGGAAAUUGAUUGACGGGAAGCCUAGUGUUGCUGUUUAUAAUAUUUUGAUUCAUGGGUUUGUUAAGAAUGGCCAACAUGAUAAGGCUUUGCGCUUGUAUGAUCAGCUUAUUCUGGAUAGAGUUAAGCCUGAUGUGUUUACUUUCAAUAUAUUGAUUAGUAGCUACUGUAAGAGUUCAAAGUUUGGUUUGGCGUUGAAUUUAUUCAAGGAAAUGCGGGCUAAAAAUUGCGAGCCUAAUGUAGUUAGUUUCAAUACUUUGAUAAAAGGGUUCUUUAAGGAGAGAAAUUUUGAGGAAGGGGUUUCCAUGGCAUAUGAAAUGAUCAAGCUGGGGUGUCAAAUUUCAAGUGUAACUUGUUUGAUUUUGGUCAAUGGGCUUUGCAAGGCUGGGAGAACAUUGAGGGCAUAUGAGCUGUUGAUUGAUUUCUCAAAGAAAGGAGUUUUACCUGAUGGGUUUGAGUGUUCAAACCUUGUUGUGAGCCUUUGCAGUGAAUCAGAUGCAGGCCGAGCAUUAGAGGUUGUGGAGGAGAUGUGGAAGACAGGGAAUAGUCCUGGCAUCAUUGCUUGUAUUACUUUGGUGGAAGGUCUGAGGAAUGCUGGAAAUAUAGAAGACGCACUGAAGUUGGUGGAGAAGAUGCUAAAAAAGGGUAUACAGUUGGAUAGUGUGACUUUUAAUUGUCUUCUUCAAGAUGCUUGUCAUUUGAGAAGAACUGCUGAAGCUGAUAGGUUGAGGUUGUUGGCUUCCAGCAAGGGUUUAAAUGCCGAUGUUGUGACCUAUAACAUAUUAAUUGCUGGUUACACAAGGGAAGGUAAAACGAAAGAAGGUGAGCACCUGGUAGAAGAGAUGCUGGACAAAGACUACAUUUCAGAUAUUGCCUCAUAUAACAGUUUGAUAGAUGGGUUGCGUAACAACAGAAACUUUGCUAGUUAAUGGAGCUUUUUGGGAUAUAGGUUAUCAGGAAGCAAGGCACAAUCCCUUUUUGCAUCAGCUGUCUGUCUCCAUUUAUAGCACGAACAAGUAGCAUGACUAAUAUGCUUUGUACUUCCACUGAAGAGAGAUUGCUAUUAACCUUUGAAACGUUUGGACUUUGGUGCUACUAGUAGCAAAAAUGACAAGAUCAGUCCAUCCGGCAUUUGGAGGAUGCAGUCUGGACUCUGGAUUUGAUAAUGAGAUUAUCACAAUUUAAGCCUUGGAGUUUAUGUAUAAUGAUGACAUGUCCAAAUCCAGCUAUACCUAAAUCUAGAUAAACCUAAGAAUCUUAUUGUAAUUGGUGUUUUAGUUGUAUUCAAGUCCUUUAUACAGCUGAAUAUCAUAACGAUGAAAUAAACCAGUGGAAUGAAUGGCUCCAUACGAAAUCGAGAGAUAUAGAAAGGUGGCAACAAAGACUGAGAAAGACAAAAAAAGAGGAAGUAUUAUUUUUCUUUUCACCUGUUAGCUGCUAGCUAUACCUUUCUCGCUUCUGUGAUCCCCCAUAGCCCUCAGUUGCUCUCACCUUAGAUCCCCCACUUUCUCAUGUAUAUUGAAAUGCACUGAUGAUGAUUGGUAGAAGAUGAGAUGAGCAAUCUAGCACCUAAAGGAAUUUGUCUGGUCUAUUUCACUGAGUGUUUUCAACCUCCUUCUGUCAAAGUGGUGCGGUGGUGGAUUAGUUAGAAGCAAAGUUGGUUGUUGCCGACUGAAGAAGCGCUCCAUCCUCUGAAUCAUAAUAUCAAAAGCUUACCUAGUGCCUCUGGGAUUUUAUAUCGUAGUUCUCUGAGGGUUGGGCUGGGUCGUCGAGGCCUGAUGCGUAAUUUACGCCCACCAGACAAUUUUUAUAGACUCUGCAGUCUAGUGUUUGAUACUCUGAUGCGCGCAAGAGAGCCUUUGUAAAAGAAGGUACUGUUUCUUUUACUGACCUAAUGACCUUGAUGCUACUUUCAAUUGAUUAAUUCGAACACUGAAGGAGGAAUCAAAGCUUGAUGCCACAAGAAUGCACAUUUGAGAAGAGGAGGUCCAGAUUACCAGAAGGGUUUUUCGAAUAUGCAGAUGCUAGGAGAGAAGAUUGGAACUUUUAUUGAGGUACAUAUAUAUUAUAUAUAUACAUCCUGUUUUCUUGCUGAGACACUGAAGUAAUACAAUCGACCUGCCUGUUACCGGAGGCGCUUCUGCUUAACUUGGGUUCUUUGAAAUGUACUUAUAUUUCUGGGUCGCAACGGCGGAAUACCUCUCCCUCCUCCCUCCAAGUUAUCAGAAAUUCUAAUGUACUUCCUCGGUUCAGAAUAAUAACACCACCUUCCAUGCUAGAACAAGAAAGGUGUUCUUUUGGCUAAAUGUUUACACUAGUAAAAAAAUCUUGUCAGAAGAUCUUUUUAUUUGUUUUUGGCCUUGUUUGGUAAUUGGCGGUUGGCUGUUU